UCAAGUGCCUUGAAACCUUCAUAUUUCUACACAGUUGAUCACAGUUCAACAACAGUGAUCAUCAUUUCUGAUUCUAAUUUUGUGUCAAUUUUAUAAUUAUUCUACAAUGUGAAUUACAAAUCGUCUAUUUAAAAGAGAAUUUUGUUACACUUUUUCAAAUUAAUUUGGAAAAUGGAAGCAUUUGUUAUAUUUUUACUGAUGGUUACUGUGAUAGUUUCAAUAGUAAGCUGUGUCACUAAAAUUAAAAUUGUCGAUCAAGAGGGGAGUGCUAUAAGUAAACAGGACCGUGAUAGUGGAGACGAUGUUGACUUGGAUACCCUUCUUAAUAAACUGGCCGACAAAAUAAAAUCAAUGCUGGAUAAUAAUGAUCCUUAUACUGUUCCAUCCACAGACCUGAAAAUGAAUAAUAAAUUAAUACGAGUUAGUGGAUCCAUGGAGGAAUCUCAGGUACUAGAUGCAUCAUCAACUCGCAUAAAAACUCACACAGUGAGAGAGAAUGAAACUUAUUUCAUUGGUUGUAAUGUAACCAUGAACCUGUUCCAUAUGAUGGGCAAAUAUGCUUUGGAUUUGUAUCUUAUUGAACAAGUGUACAUUACUGGUGAAGGGGAUUUUAGGAUCUCUCUGGAUGAUAUAAACAUGAUGACAGUCAUUGAGGUGACUGAAAACGACAGCACGCUCUUGAAAGUGAAAGAUUUACAUUUAAAAUACGAUGUGGGAGAUGUUAAAGUAGCGGUGUCAGGAUUAUUUGGAGGGGGCGCCGUUGGAAAACUCGUGGGAGAUGUUUUGAAUGAUUUGGUGAAGAAGAUUGUAACCGAUUACAAUCCGCUUAUCACGAGGAUUGUCAGAGAGAUUGGCAGAACAUGGCUGAAGAGUAAUAUUGACGGAUUGACUAUGACAAAUGUUACUGAAAUCAUACAACAGUUUAUUGAUGAGAUGUAGUUGUUGAUUUGUACUUAAAAGUUUUGAUAAAUGAUUGAUUAUUUUGUUA